GGGAGUCGGACCAGCUGGACUUCCCGGACGAGGUGGAUGUGCCGCUGGACCAGCCGGCGCGGGUGCGCUUCCAGAAGUACAGGGGCCUCAAGAGCCUGCGCACCAGCGCCUGGGACCCCAAGGAGUCCCUGCCGCCCCAGUACGGCAGGGUGUUCGCGUUCGAGGACUUCAAGCGCGCGCACAAGCGGGCCCGGGCGGCACAGCAGCGCACCACCGCCGACCUGGACCCGUGCGGGGUGGCGCCGAGCAGCUAUGUGGCCGUGCGGGUGGCCCAGGUGCCGGCUGCUGCAGCCGCGAAGGUGGCAGCCCACGUGGCGGCCGCGGCUGCGGGCAGCUGCGUGCCGCUCACCAUGUUUGGGUUGCUGCAGCACGAGGCCAAACUCAGUGUGGUCAACUUUGCGAUACGGAAGG